GCAACAUAUGAUUUUUUUAAAAAUUAAGACCCCACUGAUACGAUCCAUGCCUUUUGCAAACAGAUUACUUUGUAAUUAUAUGAUCACCAGAAAACUUCGUUUCACCUUUGGUUUCAAUUGUCAACUACUUCAUGUCAACAACCAUAGCAGAAACAAUUUAUUUUGUUAAGCUUCUUAGGCUCAUAAUUUAAGCCCAGUUUUUCAAUUUUCUUUACCAAAUCCUAAUAUAAACUCAUUUAUAAACAACAAAUUUAAAAAUUGUUCUUAAAAUUUCGAAUUCUGUUAGCCGUUUGGCUGACAGAAAAAAAAUACAAUUUGGAGAAAAGUUUUUUAGAACUGAAAGAAGAUUGGCAAUGGGUGAAUCUGCAGUUCUUUCUCAUUCAUAUUCGUUCGCAGCUCCUCUUUCACGUCAUGAAUCUCAUGAGGAUAAUACGAUCCAUGCGCUUAGCCAAUCAGUCUCCUUUGGAAGAUUCACGACAGAGAGUCUUGAAUGGGGGAAGUGGUCAAGUUUCUCGCACAAGAAGUAUGUCGAUGAAGCAGAGAAAUACUCUCAGCCUGGAUCUGUUGCUCAGAAGAAAGCUUUCUUUGACGCUCAUUACAAGAGAAUAGCUGAAGCUAAGAAAGCAAAACAACAAGUACAACCGGAAAGUGUUGCCGUGUUGCUAAACACUUUGGAGACAUUGACUAAGGAUGAGGUUGUUAAGGAAGAAGAGAGUGAUGAAACAGAGUUAGUCUUGUGUGGUGAAGAGUUGGUUUCGAGUAUUGAGAAAGAUGAAGAAGAAGAACCCAAAAGGACGAGUGAACAAGAAGACGUUGUGGAAGCUAAAACCGUGAUUGAUGAUGAUUUACAGGCUGUUAUUGAAGUGCUUGAUGGUGUGGAAGAGGAGGAGAAUCACGCUGAGGAUGAGAACUCUUCUGUCGAAGAAGAGAGAAAAUCUGUAACCAAGAACUCAUCGUUGUUUAGAUCAGAAGCUCCGGACAAAGCAAUGGAGCUUGUUGUCACACGUAAAACAAGCGACAAUUUGAUGAAGAACAAGGAAACACCAGUUCGUCGAAAAUUCAGUUUAUUGAAGUUUUUGAUGGGAAACAACACUAAGACUCAACGUCAGAACUCCAAGAAAAAGAGAGAUAAGAAACCAAACAAACCAUUUCUAUGUCUUUGCUUCAACCCUGAUGUGGUCAGGGAAACAAAAGGGCCAACCAAAACUAAGAAGAGGAAUCUCUGAGAAUAAAAGAUGGAUUCUUCUUCAGUGUUGGCUAAAACGCUUUUAGAAAGAUCUGUCCUCGGAUUCAGAGUAUGGUAGCAAAAUAGAAUCUUUUGAGUGCACAGU